UUGGGAUCCAUUAAGAAAGGAUUAUGCUUUGGUAGCUGUGAGAAUGUGAAUUUAAUCGAAUCCUUAAUCCAAUACAAGAGAUGUUGCUUCUGGAUCACGCUCAAGGUCAAUGAAAGCAUUCGACUAGGCUUCCAAUCGUUAUCUUUUUUUGUCACCAUCUUCUUUAGGCUGAAGAAGGGAACAAGCUACCACUGGGACUUAUUUGUGAUAGGAGUGAUAAACAUCCUCCUGUCUCUCUUCGGUCUGCCCUGGGUUCACGGCGCUCUUCCUCAAUCGCCUAUGCAUGUCCGUUCCCUCGCCGACAUGGAGGAACGCAUCACUGUGGGCAAUAACGUCCAACAAAUAGUCGUUCGUGUUCGGGAGACACGGAUAGCAACUAUUCUGGCGCAUAUUGGGAUAGGCUUGUCCCUUCUAAUGCUACCCACCCCCUUGACAUAUAUACCCCGACCUGUGCUGGCGGGUCUAUUUGUCUACAUGGCCCUCACCUCUGUGGGAGACAAUCAACUACUGGAAAGAGUCAAGCUCAUUUUCAUUGAACAGUCCGCCUACCCACCAUCGCACUACAUUCGACGAGUUCCUCAGCGACGCAUGCAUUUGUUUACCGGUUUACAGCUCAUUCAAUUGGCCGUUCUGUGCGGAAGCGGUUUCACCGACAAGCCCUUUGUAAAAAUGGUCUUUCCCAUCCUCCUCUUCCUCCAAAUGCAUCGACUCAUACCUCACGUGAUUGAAAGAAAGUACCUAGAAGCAAUGGACCGUCCAAUGUAA